AUGCGCACCCUAUCUCUCCUUCUCGUAUAUGACGCUAUUCAGGUGUCGGCAGUUGGUCCCGAAAAGGGGCUACUUGAAAAGGGGCUAGUGCCGAAUGCCGAACCGGAUUCAGACCCGCCGCUUGACUCGGCAGUUGACAUUGUGCACGAGUCCGCGUCCGAUAUCGCAAACGAUAUCGCACACGAUCUCGCAAACGAUCUCGCACAACCACUUUCUUACUCUCCUCCGGACGAUCCGUGGGAAGACAGUCGCCGAUUGGUGUUCAGUGCCUCCGACGCGGCGACCUUGCUGGCUAUGUUUAUUGUGGACCCUCCGCGUCUCCUGUUUACUGUCGGGAGCGCCCCUCUGCCUUCGGGCUACCAACGGAAAGUGGUUCGGUACUACGAGACGCCUUCCUUCCACCAAAACGUGUACAACGUGGACGACGAUCAGGACUAUUUUUCGCCGGACCGUCUCGGUCCAACGGACAGACCGACCCGGCAGGAGCCUCCCAGCCUUCGUGGUACGCCCAACGCCGACCAGGCGAGUGACUGGGGUGUGCCAAGCUGGGUCAACAAUCCUCCGAAAGAUUUCCGACCCGAUUUUGUACCUACUUCACAGCCUUCGCACUAUUUCACAUCCGUACCAGAGCGCCGUUCCCCAGAUGACCACUCGCCAACUAACUCUGGCCCCUUUGCCCUCCCAUCUGGACCAUAUCCUAACACUGGACCAUCUCCAAACACUGGACCAUCUCCAAACCCUGGACUAUCUCCAGACCCCGGACCAUAUCCCACGCCUGGACCACACCCCACUCCUGUACCGUACCCCAACCACCCUGGACCGUACCCCGACCACCCUGGACCGUACCCCGACGCGGCCCACUCUGCAGUUCACCCGUGGCAUUCGCACUCUCGCGAGCCCUCGGCGAAUCGUCCCACCUACCUACCUUCACACGCAACGAGAAACAAGCCAGUGGGCACCACCCCGCCCUGGAACACCUUGACCGUCGCAAACUAUACUGGCACCGAGCUGCUCUGGACGCCCUCCCCCGAACACACGACCCUCUCUUGGCACUCCACUCCCUCUUGGCACUCCACUCCCUCUUGGCACUCCACUCCCUCUUGGACGCCCGCUCCCCCGCUUGACGGACCGCGGGCGUCUCCCACACGCCCGACAAUUCUAGACAUGGACCGAACAGAACACUUUAGCACCACCCUUCUGGGUUCAGCUGAAAUGUUAACCACUGCAGCACUGCCACCACCUCAACACCCGCCCGUCUACGCGCUAGCGCCGCCAAACUAUCAACAGCCCCAACGUGUCUAUCACCCUCGUUACCCACCUUCUGGCUAUCCGUACUCCGACGACCAUCAUUAUGGCUACCCCCCUGACUACAGUCCGGGUUACGGAUGGUCGUCGACACCUCCCUCGAGUUCGCACUAUAAUCCCGGAGACGCCCCGACUUAUCCUGUUACCGCUCCACCGCAGCAUGUCACGCAGCAGGUUACACAGCCGAUUGCACAGAGGCCUGGAGAGGAGCCGGAGUGUCCCUAUGCCCAAAGUUCCUGCACGCUUGCCGUCAGCUGUUCUGCCACACCCGUUCCCUGCUCCACGACCACCACGACGUGUCCAACGACGACCACCACCACGACCUGUCCCACCACGACGACCACCACGACGUGUCCCUCCACCACCACCACGACCAUCUGUCCCACCACGACCACCACCACUUGCCCGACCACGACGACGACCACAACCCCAGUUCCUUGCACCACAACGCCUUCCUGCACAACAACACCCACCACAUGUACAACCACAACUACGACCACCCCAAGCUGCACUUCGGAUUCCACCACCCCGAACUGGACAACAUCGUGCCACUGCGAUCGGAUGACCCAACCUGCGCACGAUGUCUAUGCCACCGACUGGAGGCAGCGUAUCCCUCCUAGUGACAUGGGCCAUAUCGCUCACAGCUAUCUUGGUCGGACUGCUGGAGGCGAAAGGCGACCUUCGGCUCAACACCCGGGCCAGCCGAUUGACUACCACCACCCGUACGACUACGGUGAUGAAGACGGGUAUGAGACCACCCGGCCCCUUCGGCGGAGACGUCCCACUCCACCUCCGGAAGAUGAUGAGUACAAAGAUCACGAGUACGGCCGGGGGGACCCUGGGUACAGAGAUCGGGGUUACGGGGGCCCUGCACAGAGAGACCGCAGGCGCGAAAACCGAGGAUACGGAGACCGGGGACCGGCAGACGGAGAUUCUGAAAACGAAGGUCCCGGGUACGCAGACCCCGGGUAUGGAGACCACGGGUACCAGGCGAUGACCACUCGAUCUCCGUAUCCCCGGAGGAGAACCACGGAGCCGACGCGGGAGCCGCCGACGACGACUGAGCCCGCCGAGCCGGAGUCCUCGACGACGCGGCGGCGACGGAAACGGCGGCGGCGGCGCAGUUCGGUCCCGACGACCACGGAGCCGCCCAGCAGCGAAACUGCGACCACCGCCGCCCGGGGCUGGCUGGACCCACUGAAGCGCGGCGCACAGUACGUGGGCGACGGGGUCAUGACCGUAGGACAUGUGGCCAAGGACGGUGUGGUUGACGUAGGUGAUGGCGCCGUGACCGUGGGCAAGGGUAUCGCCGACGGGAUCGGAUGGGCCGGCAAGAAACUGAUUGGCAUGGAGGGCGCGGAAGAACGAAUUGUGGAUGAACAGAUUUUGCGCCAACUGAUUCUGGAGGGGGAAGAGGGCGUUGCUGGCGCAGAAGGGAUGGCCGGCGCUUCGGCCUCCGAGCCGCCGGCGGAGCGUGGGUUCUUCGAACAGGGGUAUCUCUGGCUGCGGCGGUUGUGGCCUUGGCGGCUGCACAGCACCUUCCGCCAACCGAUCUUCGACUCGCUCCGGUUCGGAACCACAGCCCCCGAAGAAACGCUCCCCGGUGCAAAGGAUCCCGAUCCGACGGACCUGAGUGGAAAGAAUCCCCGUCCAAAGGAUCCCCGUGUAAGGGAUCCUGGCCCCGGUCUUCCGGUCAGUCCCAAGUUACCCCCGGCAAAGACUAGCACAAGUGCCAUAGACACUAUCCAUACCGCUCCUGCUAUGUCUGGUCUGACUGUCAAGACCGAUUCGAUUCCCCAAACCGCGACUCCCGAAACCGCGAAGACUGAAAUCGGAUCACGCGACCAUCCAGCCGGUGUCCGGACGACAGACGCCCGCGAAACACCGACGGCCGGUGCGCACCCCCUCGGUGUAUUCAGCGCACACGAAGCUGAAUCCAACAACUUGAGACUCGCCCAGAACAGCGUCGACGGCGAAGACUUCGGCCACAACGGGGAUGCAGGUGCCACCACGGGAAAGGCGCAAGACAGUGACGAGGUGUCGAGUUCCGGGCUGAUUGAUGGCCCGGACGUGCUGACCAGCUCAGGGACCCAGCAGCCCAGCGUCACUGCUGUCGGUCCGGCCUUGGUGGAGCCAGAAGAGGCCGACGCGCCUGAUGACUCGGACGUGGUGACUAACCCAGCAAACCAGCAGCCCAGCAUCACUGCUACCGGUCCGGCCUUGGUGGAGCCAGAAAAGGCCGACGCGCCUGAUGACCCGGACGUAGUGACCA